AUGGUCUUUGCCCAGCUCGUCGCCCGCUCCACCUUCGGCGCUGUCCGAUCCGCUUCGCGAACACAGGUGCGAGCACUUUCCAGCUCUGCCGUCGCUUCUAAGGACUUUGUCCAGGAGCUCUACAUCAAGGAGCUCAAGGGCUACAAGGCUCCCCCUAAGGCUGCCGACGCUCACAAGGGCCAGGUUCGCGAGUUCCAGACCCCUGCUGCGCCCAAGGCUCCCGCCGUCCCCUCGUCGUCGGAGCUUUCUUCGCAGCUUGAGGCUUACGCUGCUGCUGAGCCCGACCACGCCGAGGCCGCUACCACCUCUUCGUCGGAAGGUGCUCUCACUGAGGGUGGCGACGUCAACGCUUACCUCCGUGAAGCUGCUGCUGAUGUCAAGGUCGAGGCUCACCACUAA